UUUUUCCCUUUCUUUUUAGGUUUUGGAAGGAAGGACGUUGUAGAACACUUACUACAGAUGGGUGCUAAUGUCCAUGCUCGUGAUGAUGGAGGUCUCAUCCCGCUUCAUAAUGCUUGUUCUUUUGGCCAUGCUGAGGUUGUGAGUCUGUUACUAUGCCAAGGAGCUGAUCCCAAUGCCAGGGAUAACUGGAACUAUACUCCUCUGCAUGAAGCUGCUAUUAAAGGGAAAAUCGAUGUGUGUAUCGUGCUGCUGCAGCACGGAGCUGAUCCAAACAUUCGGAACACUGAUGGGAAAUCAGCCCUGGACCUGGCAGAUCCUUCAGCAAAAGCUGUCCUCACAGGUGAAUACAAGAAAGACGAACUCCUAGAAGCUGCUAGGAGUGGUAAUGAAGAAAAACUAAUGGCUUUACUGACUCCUCUAAAUGUGAAUUGCCAUGCAAGUGAUGGGCGAAAGUCUACUCCUUUGCAUCUAGCAGCGGGCUACAAUAGAGUUCGAAUAGUUCAACUUCUUCUUCAGCAUGGAGCCGAUGUUCAUGCAAAAGACAAAGGUGGACUUGUGCCUCUUCAUAAUGCAUGUUCAUAUGGACAUUAUGAAGUCACAGAACUGCUGCUAAAGCAUGGAGCAUGUGUGAAUGCUAUGGAUCUCUGGCAGUUUACUCCACUGCAUGAGGCUGCUUCCAAGAAUCGUGUAGAAGUAUGCUCCUUGUUACUUAGCCACGGUGCUGAUCCUACAUUAGUCAACUGCCAUGGCAAAAGUGCUGUGGAUAUGGCUCCAACCCCUGAGCUCCGGGAAAGAUUGACUUAUGAAUUUAAAGGUCAUUCUUUACUACAAGCAGCCAGAGAAGCAGACCUAGCAAAAGUUAAAAAAACACUUGCUUUAGAAAUCAUUAAUUUCAAACAACCGCAGUCUCAUGAAACAGCACUGCACUGUGCUGUGGCCUCUCUGCAUCCCAAACGAAAACAAGUGACAGAAUUGUUACUUAGAAAAGGAGCAAAUGUUAAUGAAAAAAAUAAAGACUUCAUGACUCCCCUGCAUGUUGCAGCAGAAAGAGCUCAUAAUGAUGUCAUGGAAGUUCUUCAUAAGCACGGAGCAAAGAUGAAUGCACUGGACACCCUUGGUCAGACUGCUUUGCAUAGAGCUGCCCUAGCAGGUCACCUGCAGACCUGCCGCCUCCUGCUGAGCUAUGGCUCUGAUCCCUCCAUUAUCUCCUUACAAGGCUUCACAGCAGCACAAAUGGGAAACGAAGCAGUGCAGCAGAUUCUGAGCGAGAGUACACCUAUACGCACUUCUGAUGUUGACUAUCGACUCUUAGAGGCCUCUAAAGCUGGAGACUUGGAAACUGUGAAGCAACUUUGCAGCCCUCAAAAUGUGAAUUGCAGAGAUUUAGAGGGCCGUCAUUCUACACCCCUACACUUUGCGGCAGGCUAUAAUCGUGUGUCUGUUGUGGAGUACCUUCUACACCACGGUGCCGAUGUCCAUGCCAAAGACAAAGGUGGCUUGGUGCCCCUUCAUAAUGCCUGUUCAUAUGGACACUAUGAGGUAGCUGAACUUUUAGUAAGGCAUGGGGCUUCUGUCAAUGUGGCGGACUUAUGGAAAUUUACCCCUCUACAUGAAGCAGCAGCUAAAGGAAAAUACGAAAUCUGCAAGCUCCUCUUAAAACAUGGAGCAGAUCCAACUAAAAAGAACAGAGAUGGAAAUACCCCUUUAGAUUUGGUAAAAGAAGGAGACACAGAUAUUCAGGACUUACUCAGAGGGGAUGCUGCCCUAUUGGAUGCUGCCAAGAAGGGCUGCCUGGCGAGAGUGCAGAAGCUUUGUACCCCGGAGAAUAUCAACUGCAGGGACACCCAGGGCCGAAAUUCAACUCCUCUGCACUUGGCAGCAGGCUACAAUAACCUGGAAGUAGCUGAGUAUCUUCUAGAGCAUGGUGCAGAUGUUAAUGCCCAGGACAAGGGCGGUUUAAUUCCUCUUCAUAAUGCAGCAUCUUAUGGGCAUGUUGACAUAGCAGCAUUACUGAUAAAAUAUAACACGUGUGUAAAUGCAACAGAUAAGUGGGCAUUUACUCCUCUUCAUGAAGCAGCCCAAAAAGGAAGGACACAGUUAUGUGCCCUACUCCUAGCACAUGGUGCAGAUCCAACUAUGAAGAACCAAGAAGGCCAGACACCUUUAGAUCUGGCAACAGCUGAUGACAUCAGAGCUCUGCUGAUAGAUGCCAUGCCUCCAGAGGCCUUACCUACCUGUUUUAAACCUCAAGCUACUGUAGUGAGUGCCUCUCUGAUUUCACCAGCAUCCACCCCCUCCUGCCUUUCUGCUGCUAGCAGCAUAGACAACCUCACUGGCCCUUUAGCAGAAUUGGCGGUAGGAGGAGCCUCCAAUGCAGGGGAUGGUGCAGCUGGUGCAGAAAGGAAGGAAGGAGAAGUUGCGGGUCUUGACAUGAAUAUCAGCCAGUUCCUAAAAAGCCUUGGCCUUGAACACCUGCGGGAUAUCUUUGAAACAGAACAGAUUACACUAGAUGUACUGGCUGAUAUGGGUCAUGAAGAGUUGAAAGAAAUAGGCAUCAAUGCAUAUGGACACCGCCACAAAUUAAUCAAAGGGGUAGAAAGACUUUUAGGUGGACAACAAGGCACCAAUCCUUAUUUGACUUUUCACUGUGUUAAUCAGGGAACUAUUUUGCUGGAUCUUGCGCCAGAAGAUAAAGAAUAUCAGUCAGUAGAAGAAGAGAUGCAAAGUACAAUUCGAGAACACAGAGAUGGUGGUAAUGCUGGUGGCAUCUUCAACAGAUACAACGUCAUUCGAAUUCAAAAAGUUGUCAAUAAGAAGUUGAGGGAACGAUUCUGUCACAGACAAAAGGAAGUGUCUGAGGAGAAUCACAACCAUCACAAUGAGCGCAUGCUGUUUCAUGGUUCUCCUUUCAUUAAUGCCAUUAUUCAUAAAGGAUUUGAUGAGCGGCAUGCAUACAUAGGAGGAAUGUUUGGAGCUGGGAUUUAUUUUGCUGAAAACUCCUCAAAAAGUAACCAGUAUGUUUACGGCAUUGGAGGAGGAACAGGCUGCCCGACGCACAAAGACAGAUCGUGUUAUAUAUGUCACAGACAAAUGCUUUUCUGUAGAGUGACCCUCGGAAAAUCCUUUCUUCAGUUUAGCACCAUGAAAAUGGCUCAUGCUCCUCCAGGCCAUCACUCGGUUAUUGGUAGACCAAGUGUCAAUGGGCUGGCAUAUGCUGAAUAUGUCAUCUACAGAGGAGAGCAGGCAUACCCAGAAUAUCUCAUCACAUACCAGAUCAUGAAGCCAGAAGCUCCUUCACAGACCGCAACAGCCGCAGAGCAGAAAACCUAGUGAACGCCUACUGGUAAAGGCCAGAUCGGAUUUAAACCUGGGACUGGAUUACAGCAGAUUGUUUGCAACAAAAAAAUCAAUAUUCUAUAAAUCCCUGACAGCCUAGAAAUAAGCUGUUUGUCUUUUAUAAAGCAUUGCUAUAGUGAUGAAUAUAGUAUGAGUAACUGAUACAUACUCAACUGCUACUGUUCCCUUUGAGGAAAUGUUUACAGGGGCGGCCUUUUAACAUAUCUCAGGCUCAUUUUCAUUGCAGUUAUAUGUUUCUAAAAUAAGAUUGCUUUGAUCUAGACUUGGAAAUGAAAAAAAGGAAAACAUAACCAAUACUUUUUCAAAUGUUCACAAUUCACACACUACAUUUGCUUUGUUAUGUAUGCAUGGCACGUGUAUAUGACAAAUAUACACAUAUGACAGGCUCAUCUUUAAUUUGCCAAAUGUGCAUCAUUGCCUUGUUUUAGUUUAUGUUUUUGUUUUUUGGUUACUUUGAAAAUGAGCCAGAGCCUUCUUGAGGAUAUUUUGCACAAAUUCACACUGACAAAAAUCAUUAGCAGUGCAACCCAAGCUUCUGGCUGAGCAAGAUUGAGUUUCCACUUUUGUUUGUUUGACUUUGUAUCUGUGCUUCUCAUUAACAUAAAUUGAGAUGAAAAGGAAGAACAUCAAGUUUUAGUAUCCUUUUAUGAAUUGGCUCACCUUACAAGGGAAAGGCAUAAACAUCAACCCGACUUAUGAGCUCCCGAGUUCAGAGAAGUCAAACCCGGUGAGGGUCACUUGCUCUUUCCAACACAAACGUGCCACAGAGGCACCCAAACAGUGCUGGAGAGCUGCAGGAAGCACAGCUAGGGAAACGCUUCUGUUUUGAAGUAAAACAGUCUGGGAGGCUGUGAAGGAUGAGCGCCAUUAAGGAGGGUGAGGAGCAUCUGGGUCUGUGUCAUUCCAGCCCAAAUGGAUCAAGGGGACGCUUCCAAAAAUAAAUACUUCCCUUUGUUUAAUCCAUUCUACCGGAGUUGUCGCCCCCCUCCCCAAAUUAGCUGCCUUAUUUCCAAAGUCAGUGGAAUUAUUGUACUUCAUUAGAGUCACAAAAAUAUUACUUUAUUGUUUCUUUAGUUUAGAAAGCUAGGAUUCAAAUCCUGUUUAGUAGAUAGACACAAAUGCAAGAACUUAUUUUGUUUACUCCAGAUUUGGGGUGUAUUUUGAGUGGCAUGCUUCAUAUAGUUUAUAAAGAUCCCUGCUCUAAAUUUUUGAACCCUUUCUUCAAACUUCUUAAUAUAUUUAGACAAGGAGAACAAAAAUGGAAACCAAAGCCCUUUCUGUUAUUUUUUUAAAUGAAGAUAGAGAAAUACCAUACUGUUUUCUUCGUGAAAUUACUACUUGUCUUAACCCCCUUUGCCAAGUGCACGUUGAUACUUAUAAAAAUUACCCAUUAUAGUUCUUGCCCUUGCCCUUGCCCUUUCACCUUUACUCAAUAUUGAAUUAAGUGCACUAAUUUAUUGACUUGACAUGCUGGGCUUCAACUCUUCUUUGAAGCAAAAGGAACAUAAGUGUGAUGGAAAAAUAGGAAAAACAGUGUGACACAAACUUGCCAUUUCACUGUAAAGCCCUGAAAACGAAUUUGGGUGGUUUCAUUUUUUGUUUGUUUUGUUUUGUUUUUAAGUGCAGACUGAUUAAUCUGUUACCUUCUUUUCCUGAAGUGAAAUAAAAUGGUUACAUGCAAAAAUUCUAGAAAUAGGCUCUUUAAAAUAUACAUAUUGCUUUCUUUUUGUUUGAAUCCAAUACUAGAACUAGGCAUCCAGACUAGUUUGAAUUCUGUAGCUGAAUUUUGCAUGGGUCCUCAAAAUUAAAUCAAGAAUUAGCCUCAGUUGUUGCUUCUAUUGAAGUUUCAGUGACCCAAGCUGGGUGUUUGUGUCUUGGCUACUUGUUUACUAGCACUAGAAUUCCGUAUGAAGCUUUGAAAUUUGAUGUUCAUUAAAAGGGGUUUCCCCCCUCCUUUCCUUCUUUCUUGCUGUGUGUUACAAGGGUUGAAGAAAUUGCCAUCUGUGUAGUUUUCAGUGGCUGUGAAGUGUAUAUUACUUACCCCCCUUCCUUAGACAUAGUUUAAAAUGGUAAACACAGCUGUGAUUUUUAGUUAAGUAAAAGAGUUAAUAUGGUACAGAUAUGGAAAGCUUUAUAGCUUCAUUAAAGAUAAACCACUACCCAACUGUGGUUAUAUGUUGUUUCCAUCAUACUAAGUAGAUUAAUGGAUGUGCCAGUUUUAAACUUGAGCCUUACACUUGAGAAGUUAAACUGUGGUUCAGUACUGAAAUUGCCAAUGUUCUGUGUCUGAUGUACUGUGUGCCUAGUAAAGGUACUGUGUAAGGAAGACAUUUGCAGUGCUUCUUGUCUUGUAAUGAGUCAAAUAUAUUGUAGUUCUUGAAAGAAUGUGCAUAUAUUGCUCAUCUGCUUAAGAGAGUGAGUUGAUACAUCACAGGAGCCAAAUACUUAUUUUUCUGAACUUGAAGACCAAAGUUCAUCAUGAGUGCACUCACAAGUUAGCAAAAACUGAUUACAUUUGGAAUUUUAUCUAUAGCAAUGUGAACAACCCUUGGCAAUAUAAAGGCAUGGCAUUAAAUUAGGCUAAAAUCUAUUUAAUAUUUUGCACCAUAUGGAAACACUAGCAAGUUGGAAACUUCCAGUAUGAUCUCCCCUGAAAUGGCCCCUCUGUUUCCCAAACCAUAUGGAAGACAGAAUCUGAACAUCUCCACCAGCUUUACCAGAGUUUUAAAAUCAAAGGGUUUCUCCAGAUCUGAUGGGUUUCAGCCUACCAGGUAUUGGCCAACUGGAUACUUGACUCAGGCAAAAAUUAAGUGCCCAGAAAUCAAAACUUUCUCUUGGUACUUGACCUCCUUCCCUUUUUCCCAAUCUGGAACUAAAAUUAGCUCCAACAGUUACCUUGGGCUCCAUUCAUUUUUCUCAUUUCUUCAUUUUGGGUCUUACAAAAGGAGACUAGGUAGGUACCUUUCCAUGAUUCUGUCACAACCAGAAAUGGGUAUUAGGCCUCAUGUCCUUUGCUUAGGUAAGAUACUCUGCCAGUUUGUUAACAGAUGACAGCAUGGAACUCAAGAGUUUUAGCUCUAUGCAAAAUAAUAGCAGUAUACCAGGAUUCUUAUUUUCCCAUUCCUUCUUGGAGUUUGAAGUUGCUAGCUUUUCAAGCAGUAUGAGUAGAAUAAACAACAUUAGGAUGUUUUGAUGAAAUCGCAUCCUUCUACUCGUUUGAGCUUGAUGUUAAUGGCUAGACUGAUUUCCCUUUGCUCUCAAAAUAGCAAAGUGCAUUGAAAUAUACAGAAAAUGCCUAAAUAUGACAAAUAAAUAAGGUAAUAUAGAUUAGCAUUCUAUUAUUGUAGCCACUAUACAACAAAUAAAAAUUUAAUUUAUGCCAAAAAACAGCCUUAGAAUGCAAUAAGUUGUCUAGGUUUUUCUCUAUUUCAGUAUAUCUCCCAGUUGCACAAAGGGUGUUGGACAUUGCACCCUCUCCCUUUUUAAACACGUGCACUGCCUAGAUUCCUAUAAAUGGCCUUCAAACAGAAAUGCUGUGUAUUUCCAAGCACCUUCCCUCAGCAUGCUGUUGUCCCAUUUGUGUGAUAAAUAGCCUUCUCGCUAUGUUUUCUGUUGGACUAAUUAUCUGGCAUAAAGCUGUAGACUUUACUAAUUCAACAAAUAUUCAAAACUGAUAUUAAGAUUUCAUGUGUCAGAAAUUUAAAGUCUGAGGUUAAAUUUGUUUGAUGUCAAAUUAGUGACAAAAAUGAAAAAGAAAGUAAUUGUGAAAAUAAUAUUUGAACUGUUGUUGGACACAUCUACCAUAUACAAAGAAAAUGCAUUCAAAAAUACAACUCUAAAAGCAUCAUCGGGCAACUUGUGCAUUCUGCAGUUAGUAGACUAUUAAAUUUUUCUUCUUAAGAAAGCCUUAACUAUGGCAGAAACUUUUUAAUCUUUUAUAUUCUAAUAAAUGAAACAUCGUAAUUCAAUUUCUUAGUGUUUGAAAGGUGUCAGUGACUCUCCAUGUAUUUCAUACCCAUUAAACUUAUUUUCUGAGGAUAUAUUUAAAAAGUAAUAGUCCCUUACAUAUAAGGGAGCUGACAAAUCAAUUCAUUCUAAUUUCUCCAUAUCUGAAAUUCCUCAGCUACCAAAUUUCUGGUUUGGAGAAGUUCUGGAAGGAUUUUCAAAACCUAUUAAGUUGUGUAUGUGGGGAUAUGGUAACAACUGUGAUACCCUGCUGGAUCUGAGUGAUAUGCAAGCUGUUUUUUAAUCAUUUUAAAAUAUAAACUAUGAUGAUACUUAAGCGAAGACCUGUAAGAAGCUAAAUAUUUUAUAUACUCUAUAAGGCCAAAUAUGGUCAUGGUGUGGCCAGUUUUGUAUUUCUGCCAGAGUUCUGUAUCCUUUGAAGUAACAUUUUUACUGUAGAGAUGAUUACAUGUCGACUCUUCUUCUUUCACAUCUCUUUGUUUCUUUACACUUCCCAUCUCCACACCUGCCCUACUACCAUCCUUUCUAAGAGAGUUCUCAUGCUUUGAUUGUUUUGUGAUUUUUUAAAAUCCAUCUUCUCAUUUCUGCAGGCAGCCCCAAAAGCCCUUUGUUAAUUCAGAGCAUUUGCAGAGAAAUGCAGUUGAACUCUGGCAGUGGAGUGUCCCUCACACACCCUCACGCCCCUCUCAAAGUUCAUGAUGAAAAGCUAGAAAACAACAAUAAAAGUUAGAAAGUUAGGAAGGAACUGAAAUCUUUGAGGCUAAUAGCCUAGACCCAGAAGAUAACCUUGAUUACGUAACCAUUGUAUGCAUAACACAAAACACUGAAACUCUAUGUGUGCAUUUAAUACCUGCUUCUGCUCCUAUUGUUUCAAGCUCAUCUUUGUGGUAGUAAUAUUUGUCUUUGAUACUUACAAACUAAAAAGGUACUUUUAAAAACAAGAUUUCUCAAAAACAUUUACAAAACCAGCUUUGAGGAAAUGUAGACUAUUUCCUGGCAACAGCAUUUGGAGUAGUAAUUGUAUUUUCUCAUUGUGAUACUGGUUUGUGCAAGUAUCCAGUGUAGUGACUCUUUGGUUCAUUAUUGGUGUUAUUUUUAGUCUUUGUGUGACCCACCAGUGGCAGGGGGUUCCAAGCCCCUACCCUUUCUUUUCUACAUUUGUCUGUUUGUAGGACUGUCAGAUAAAAUACAAGAUCCCCAGUUAAGGUGGAAUUUCAAAUAAACGAUUCUUUAGCUUACAUAUAUUUCCUGCAUUAUUUGGCAUAUACUUAUAGUAAAAGCAUUGAUUGCUUGCCUGAAAGUCCUAUUUAACUGGGAACCCUGGUUUUUUUUUGCUUUUUUUAAGUUUUGUUUUUCUAAAUCUGGCAAUUCUACCAAUUUGGUCAUGGAAAACCGUUUACAGCAUGUGGAGUCUUACACUUUUCAUUGUCUUUCAUCUGAAAUGGAAGUCCUUUUUUCCCUGGCCCUGUACUUAUUUCCAAAAGAGGGCGUCAAGGAAUUUAAUCUGCCUGCAUGGUGGGUUUCUAUUCAAGACAUCUCUGUGAUUAUAGUUAACCUGUAAUUGUGCUUUGGCUUAACGUCUAACUCACAGUACCUGUAAUUGAUUAAUAUUCAAUAAAACAUUUUUAAAAUACA